AUGAUCACAAAACCACCAUUAUCACCUUACUCUGAGCCCUGGAGUUUUAUAGAAAACAAACAGUUCGAAGCAUGUCUAGCCGAAGGUUACCUCGAUAUCGAGGACGAGUCAACUCGGUGGCUUCAAAUCGCUCAACGACUCGGAGGUAAGAGGACCCCAGCAGAGAUUAAAAAUCACUACUGUAAACUUGCCUACGACGUCGAGUCGAUUGAAAGCGGCCGAGUUCCUCUCCCGAGUUACAGUGGCUUAUACAACUCGGACGAUAACUCGGAAGACGAUGACUCAAAAGACGAUGACUUGAAAGACGAUAAAUCAUGUAAGUCAUCAGCAAGACCAAAGAAACAAGGUUUUCAAUGGAGCAUAGAGGAACAUAGGUUGUUUUUAGUAGGCUUGAAAUAUUAUACCAAGAGUGACUGGAAAAGCAUUGCAAGGGACUUCGUAGUAACAAGGUCACCAACUCAAGUUGCUAGUCAUGCUCAAAAGUACUUUGAUCGCAAUGACCCAGAAAAUAUAAAGAAACGAAAGAGAUCAAGCAUCCAUGAUAUUACUGUAAACGAUGAUGCAGCUUUGCAAAAGCUCCACAAAAAAGGCCUUCUUCCUACUCAUAUAUUUGAUAAGCUUCGAUCGAAAUCUCACGUCGAACAACCACCAGCAGGAAUAGAGAUUAAGCAAGAGCAUAGUAAUGAACAAGUGAACAACAACAAUAAUAGUAUUUCUCCAAACUACCAACUUCAAAUGCCUCAAGUUGUACAUUAUUGUGAACAAGUGAACAACAACAAUAAUAGUAUUUCUCCAAACUACCAAGUUCAAACGCCUCAAGUUGUACAUUGUGAGCAAGUGAGCAACAGCAUUUCUCAAAGCCAAUAUCAGCCGCGACCGCCGCCACUGCCCCACCAUUGUUAG